AUUGUACUUGUGGUAGCAACUGGUACCGUGGGUUACUUUGUAAAAGAACACCAUGAUUUCAUAAAAGAAGCAUUGGGGGACAGCUUACUAGAUCCUUUUGAUUUCGGUGUGUACGAAAGACACGAGAAUUUCUUGUACACCACCUCUGUUGGAGUGAUUAUAGCAAUUCUUUCGCUUGUGGCAUCAUUCACUGGACUGCUGGAAAAACAGGGCGCAAUAUUCGCU